AGAUCUCAGACAGAGCUCUCAGACGCGGUCAGGUGUAAAAUACUCAACGUUCUGGUUUGUUUUGACGGCACAAUGAUGUCUUGUUUCUACUUUCCGAUUUGGAAGAUGCUAGAACACAACAAAUGAUCAGACACCGAGUUUAUAACAAUACAGUAAACGGUAUGAAUCAGUCCAACAGGAGAAGAUUGAGGUCCUGCAAAACCCUCAGUGUUAUCUUGGUGACUCUUGUUUGUUGGAUCUGUUGGGUUUCAGUGAGCAUGAAUCAUGAGGUCUGGAAGAGAACCAUUAAAGAAGAAGAAACAGAUCUUCAUUCUCCUCACAUACAGAAGUCCUCUUAUGAGUCCAGAACUGAUUUAGCCAUGAGUCCCUCCAUCAGAAUACACAAGGAUUAUUCAAGAUGCAUUUACAUAGAGCCAAACCCCAACACUACAGCCAACUCCACCCAAACCUCCACUUCCACCAAAGCCCCUACAGAACAAGAAAGCCCACCAAGACCUGGAGAAGCCCCUCACAGGACAGCGUACUACCCAGAAGAUCUCUUUACGUUAGAAGAGCGCAGACACGGCUGGGUCCUUCUUCAUAUCUCUGCUAUGAUUUAUAUGUUCUUGGCUUUAGUCAUCGUAUGUGAGGAGUUCCUUGUUCCAGCUCUUGGGAUCCUGACAGAAAAACUCCACAUCCCAGAAGAUCUCGCAGGUGUGAACUUCAUGGCCGCUGGAGGUUUUGCACCCGGGUUCUUCAUCUCACUCGUCGGGCUCUUUCUCUCCAGCAGUAAUGUUGGUAUCGGAGUCGUCGUUGGUUCUGGAUUUUUCAACAUCCUCGCUGUUAUGGGUGCGUUUGUCGUGUUCUCAGAUGAGAGUCUCAGUUUGACCUGGUGGCCACUAUGUAGAGAUGUGACCUUCUACACGUGUGACCUGUUCAUCCUGCUUGGGGUUUUCCUAGAUGACAUCAUCACAUGGUGGGAAAUUGUGUUGCUUUUGCUCGGGUGUUUGGUGUAUGUGACCGUCAUAAAAUACAAUGAACUUCUAGAAGAGAUUGUCACAUUUUACCUUCAGAAACACAACAACAUUGCUAAAGUUCUGGCCAUUGAUGAACCUGAGAAGUUAAGGUGUGAUGUGUUCAGGGGACGAGGAUCAGACUCUCUCCGUAACUGCACCUCACGCAAGACCGUUUAUCAGCUUAUUAUAGAUGCCACCAAUCCACUUAGAGAAGGUGUCAGCAAGAAGAAACAUGAUGUUAAAUCUGUGCAGUCAAACCUAACAGAGACUUCCAGACACGACAAUGAAGAACAGCAGACCACAGAGUCUGAGAGCAGUGAGGAGGAUGAAGAAGACGAUGAUGAUGACAAUAACAGUGGUGACGAUGACAGUGAUUUCUCCAGUGAUGAAGAAGACAGUAGUGGUGAUGAUGAUGAAUGUGCCACUGAUUUGGCACUGUCUCUCAAAUGGCCGGACGAGAAACGUAAACAGGCUCCAUAUGCUGUUUUGUUGCCCAUCACAGGCUGUCUGUGGUUAACCCUUCCUGAUCCCCGCAGACAGGCUUCAAAGCAGUAUUUUAUGGGCACAUUGUUUGGAUCUUUCCUGUGGAUUGGACUGUUCUCAUAUUUCUUGCUGUGUUUGUCUCAUCGGGUGUGUGAAACUCUUGGUUUAUCUGAGGAUGCGAUGGCUCUGACCGUCCUGGCAGCAGGUGUCUCGGUACCCAAUCUCCUCACUGCUGUUAUAAUGGCACACAAUGGUUUGGGUGGCACAGCUGUGUCUUACUCUGUGGGUACCAACGUGUUUGACGUCACUGUCGGACUGCCGGUGUCGUGGCUGAUAUUAUCUGUUUUCAGUAGAGAGUCUGUGGUGACGGUAAACAGUAAUGGGAUCUUCUUCAUCAUUCUUCUGAUGAUCUUCAUGCUGAUUUCUGGAGUCUCCUGCAUUGCUGCUUUUCACUGGAGGAUGAACAAACGUUUGGGUUGUGUUAUGCUGAUGUCAUAUUUCCUCUUCCUGUUUCUGAGUGUGAUGUUAGUAUGAAUGAGUUUG